AUGGAGGUUAUGGAAUCUAUGCCGGUUGCAUUUAAAGAAAUUGCACCCAACCACAAUAUUCCCGAAAAAUGGAAGGAAAUUAUGUUAAAUACUGGUGGUACUCACAGCACUUUACAGGAUAUAAAGUUACCACAGAAAGCUGGUGGUUAUUGGUAUAAAGAUUCGAAAAAAGCUAAUACAAGAAAUCGUUUUAUAUAUUGGCAAACAACGUCAGAUGCCAUAGAAUUAUCAGAGGCUUCUUUAGAUGUUAAUCUAUCGGCUUCAAAUUUACGAUGUAAAGUAGCGCCGGGAACACCACCCUUAAAUAGCUUAACAUUUUAUGAGAGAUUAACUACACAAGAAGUUAUUAUUUUGGCCGCUACUGUGUCAUCUGUACAUAGACUUAUAUUCCCACAUCCAGAAUCCUUAGAAAGAAAGUCCACAUUCGGAUCAGUGAAUAGUACUUCUACUUCCAUAUUUCAUGACACCAGUGCAGUGAAUAAUCAUAACAACUACUCCAUUUUAAAUCAGUAUUCAAAUACAACUACAGGUGUUGCACACACAUGUGCUUCAAUGCUCCGUGACAGUGGAGAAGCUGUUUUCGCUCUUGCGUUUGGCCAUGGUGUUGAUGGAGGCUUGCUGCUUGUUAAAUUACCCGUGACAGGUUCUGCUGUUACUACACUUUUAAAAAGAGAAUCAACAGUUCCAAGAUUUUUGUCUGGCAUUACGGGGGCACUGAGGGGAAAAAGUAAUGUAGAUGGCGUAGAAACAUAUGGCGUCGUGCUUACGAGUGGAUUGGUAGUAGCAAUAUGUGGUGACACAUGUCUUAGAGCUUGGACAUUAGAUGAAGGUGGGGCCCCAGCAGCAGUGUCUUCACCCCUGUCACAAACUACGGUGAGACCGAAGCCACCGCCUCAAGGCCAUAUGUUAAAAAGCAUUGUUAAUACGGACAGAAGUGUAAUACUAGUAGCAUACCUUUCAUUUCCUAACGACACUGAAUUUGUGGUCAUGCGAAUUCAUGAUGCAGGCGGCGGUGCAAUUAAAUUCUCUCAUGUGUGUCAAAUUUUUGGUCCUCAGCUGGACCUACUGGAUUACACUAUUGGUUAUGGAGAUGGUAAUCAUGUUAUUUGGGCAUUAUGGAAUCAGCCUGAUGGUGAAGCUGUUAUAACAAGUAGCAGUUUGGGAGCGGAGGUGUCAUGGCGGUGCGUGGCCGGGCGUGAGCCUCCGCCGCCGCUGCCGCAGCUGUCCUCUCACCAACAGUACCGCGACCGACUCCUCACGCCCGGACUCUUCCCGCCGGCCGUUAUAAAGAAAGCACUUGUGAUCUACCGGCGCACGUGGUGCGGCGGCGAGGCGAGCGCGGGUGCGGGCGAGGGUGAGCUGGGCGAGGCGGCGGCGGCCGCGGUGACGUCGCGCCUGCGCACGCUAGCCGCGCGAACCGCUGCCCACGACAACUCGAAGCAGCUCAUGCACAAAUGCUGGUCAGACUUAUAUAGUUGGUGUUUGCAAUAUAUGGAAGGACUUCAAAAACCACUUGGACUAAUGGUUGCUCAUCAUAAAGGCGAUGCUGAAAACGGAUGGUGGUGUGCUGUGGUACGACGUGCUGGUAUAUCGUUAGUGCGCGAGCUGGAACCGCUGGAACGUAUGAUGUUAUCUCCGGAACCUUUGUUGCCUGAACCUGGCGGCGACACGGGGUCGCUGUCGGCGGAUGCGGUGCGCGUGGUGGCAGCGGGCGCGCGGUGGGAGCGCGCGGUCAGCGCGGGCGGUGCGGCCGAGCUGGAGCGCCGCCUGUUCGCAUGCGUCGCGUCGCAGAACCGCCUGCUGCCGGCCCUGCUGCAUCUGCUGCUGACGCCCGCGCCCUCUCCCGACCAGCAACAACCGACGUUGACGCCGCAGCAGAUUGAUGAAUUGACUUCAAUAUUGGAGCCAAUCAAAGACUUACAAAAUGCUGUUCUUGAAUUGAAUGAUGCGCUUCGUUUGGACGUGCCUGAUUUAGACACAUCUAAAAGUGAAGAUGAGGACACCAGCGAGUAUGAUAAUUUAUUCGCUAGUGAUCUCGGAGUGGCUGUAGUUACCGAAGCGAUACGACAAAUGGCCGAGAUGAGAGCGCGCGUGGUGCGCGGCGCGCUGGCGGCGUUGGGAGUGGCGCGAGGCGCGGGCGGCGUGCCGGGCGCCGGGCACUGCGCCGUGCACUGGCAGGCUUACCGUGCGCUGCUCUGGCUGCACACCGCUGCGCUGCAUCCGCCGCCUACCGUGCGCUGCUCUGGCUGCACACCGCUGCGCUACACCCGCCGUGAGUACCGCGUGCCGGGCGCCGGGCACUGCGCCGUGCACGGGCAGGCCUAUCGUGCGCUGCUCUGGCUGCACACCGCUGGGCUACACCCGCCGUUAGUACCGCGUGCCGGGCGCCGGGCACUGCGCCGUGCACGGGCAGGCCUACCGUGCGCUGCUCUGGCUGCACACCGCGGCACUACACCCGCCGGGAGUACCGCGUGCCGGGCGCCGGGCACUGCGCCGUGCACGGGCAGGCCUACCGUGCGCUGCUCUGGCUGCACACCGCUGCACUACACCCGCCGUGAGUACCGCGUGCCGGGCGCCGGGCACUGCGCCGUGCACGAGCAGGCCUACCGUGCGCUGCUCUGGCUGCACACCGCUGCACUACACCCGCCGCCUACCGUGCGCUGCUCUGGCUGCACACCGCUGCGCUACACCCGCCGUGAGUACCGCGUACCGGGCGCCGGGCACUGCGCCGUGCACGGGCAGGCCUACCGUGCGCUGCUCUGGCUGCACACCGCUGCCUACACCCGCCGUGAGUACCGCGUGCCGGGCGCCGGGCACUGCGCCGUGCACGGGCAGGCCUACCGUGCGCGGCUCUGGCGGCACACCGCUGCCCGACACCCGCCGGGAGUACCGCGUGCCGGGCGCCGGGCACUGCGCCGUGCACGGGCAGGCCUACCGUGCGCUGCUCUGGCUGCACACCGCUGCGCUACACCCGCCGUGAGUACCGCGUGCCGGGCGCCGGGCACUGCGCCGUGCACGGGCAGGCCUACCGUGCGCUGCUCUGGCUGCACACCGCUGCGCUACACCCGCCGUGAGUACCGCGUGCCGGGCGCCGGGCACUGCGCCGUGCACGGGCAGGCCUACCGUGCGCUGCUCUGGCUGCACACCGCGCUGCACUACACCCGCCGUGAGUACCGCGUGCCGGGCGCCGGGCACUGCGCCGUGCACGGGCAGGCCUACCGUGCGCUGCUCUGGCUGCACACCGCUGCACUACACCCGCCGUCUGCGAAGUCGACGGAAGCCUUCCGGCUAAAGCUGAGCGCGCUUGGUGCGAGUGCGGAAGCACGCGGGGCGGUAUCUGCUGGCGCGGCGGGGUCUGCGGGCGCGGGGGGAGCGGGUGCGGUAGCGGCGUACGCUUGGGGCACGGGUGGGCGGCGCGCGCGCCGGCGCUUGGCGGCCGCGCACGCGCCCACGCACGCGCUCCACGCACUCCCGCUCAUGGCAUAUCAUCUCGCGCACCAGCUAUGGGCCGUUAGCGGUGGUUUCGAAUUUGGAUGGUGGUUAGCUUCAAUAAAUCAGCCGCAACUUGUUCAGAACUAUGUGGCUAUGUUGGAACCUUGGUGCGAAUGGAAUGCUUGCUCACGUCAGUUCAUACUGGGACUGUCGCUGUUGGAUAUGGAGGAGCCAGAGGGCGCAUACACGGCUUUCUGCAAGGCAGCCAAGGGCGUCAGCACCGAGCCCUUCCUGCGGCACCUGGUGGCCGCCGCCGACGAUCACCUCACGCAGCAUCAGGCGCUCGUGCUCUACUACAUGAAGGUGAUAAAGCUCUUCGAAAUCCACGACGCUGGUGCUUGUGUAGUGCGACUCGCCGAGACUGCAAUCAGCAUUGCCGAUAAAGAUGAUCCCAAUUUGCCGAUGUUCCAGUGGGUGGUAUUCAAGUGGCACCUGGCGGGGGGACGCGUGGAGCGCGCGCUGAGCGCCGCCGCGGCCAACCCCGCGCCGCACGCGCGCGCCUCCGCCGCCACGCAAUUGCUCACCACGCUCGCGGCGCGGCGGCAGCUGGGCGCGCUGGUGCGCUGCGGCGCGCUGGCGGGCGAGGCGGAGCGCGCGGCGGCCGCGCGCGCCAAGCUGCACGACGCGGCCGCGCACAACCCCUACUACGACUUCCUCUACGCGCUGCACGUUGCACGACACCACUACCGGAAAGCGGCGGCGGUGAUGUACGAACGCGCGACGCGGUGCGCGGCGGAGCAGGGCGCGGCGGGCGCGCGACGCAAGUGGCUGGCGGCGGCGCUCACCUGCCUGCGCCUCGCGCGCCCGCACCACGCCUUCCUGGCGCGCCCGGUGCCCGCGCCCCCCACACCCGCGACCGCCGACUCCGCACCCCACCUACCGCUGCAGAUAAUUGGUCCGGAAGAAUUGGCUGCCGAGCUAAGAGCAGAAGAUCCAGAAUCCAUGGAUCCAGUUCAAUUGGCUUUACAACGGCAUGAAAGUAUAGACUUCGACUAUUUGCACCCGCAUCUAAAUGAGGCUGAUGGGGAGAUAUUGCUGGCAGUCACAAAAAGGGCGAUCAGCACUGAACAAUUUUUGCCGAGAUGGUUCCUGCUUCGAUUUAUGGAGGUGGACGGUGCAACGUGCAUCCGCGCACUGCUGGCGGGCGGGCGCGCGCUGGAGGCGGGUGCCGCGUGCGUCGAGGCGCUGCGCGCGGCGCGCUGCGCACUUGGGCCACGCGCCGCGCCCGCCGCUGCGCCGCUCGCGCCCGCCGACCUGCUGCUGGCCGAGCUGCGCGCGCACCGCCACCUCGCGCCCUGCGCCCAAGAAAUUAUCAAAAUGUAG